UAUGAGAAUUAAAUAGAAAGAAGAUCAUCUUUAUUAGUUGGAAUAAUAAUCAUAAAAACUCUAAAGAGAUUUGAUUUAGAAAGAUAAAUAGAGAAAUGAACAUAAUCAAAUACAUUACAAAAAUUAUUAACCAACUUUUAGUGUUUAAAAUAGUGUUCAAAUGGAGGAAGUGUAACCUGAUUAGUAAUAAUAUUAGAACUUAAAAUAAAAUAAAUCUAUGUAAGUGGUCAAUAAUCCAAAAAUUUAGUCUUAAUAAAUGCAAAGGUAGGCAUCUUCUUAAAGUAAUUAAAAUUAGAGUAGACCGUAAUCUAAUGGAAUUUAAGGGAAUUUGAAAUUGUAAAAUAUGCAUAAACAAAUUGAAGAAUAAAAUUAAUAUAUCUAAUAGUUAUCUGCUUUAGUGGGGAAUAGGAAACCAAUAUUUGAUGCAGAAAAGGAUGAUAGUUUAACAUAAUUGUUAUAUGAGAGAGAUGAUUUAUAAAAACAAUAAAUUUUGAAUGAGAUAAAAUAAUUGAAAUAGAGAGUAGAUGAAUAUGAUCAUAAUAGAUAAUAAAUGAUACAAUAACCAUUUUAAGGAUAUGGAUUUAUGCCUUAAUAAUAAUUAUUAUAACAAUAAGGGAUGAUGUAAUUAUAGAAUCCUUAUGGAAUGUAUCCUUAAAUGUAUCCACCAAAUUUUGAAUAAUAGUAAUAAUAAAGUGAUGAAUCAGAUGAUAAUGAAUUGAAUAAUGAGAUAUUAAUGAAAUUGAUUGAUUAAUAAAAUAGAUAAAAAAAGAGAGGAUCAAGAAAGAGAUAGAAUAGUCAUGAUAAGAUGGAUAGGAUUUAGAGAAAGGAUAGGAAACAUACAUAGAAGAGAAAAUAAUAAGAUGAUGAUAAUGGUGGAGAUGGUGAUUGA